UUCCCAGAGUCUCUUUUCUUCUGCCACCCCCCGCCACCACCCACCUUAACUACCCGCUAAACAAAUACAACGGAGGAACCUCCCCAUUUAACACUACACCAUAAAACAGAAGAGAAACGACGAGACAGCGACCCAAGAUGACGGACACGAUCGUUCACCCCGAUGUCCCUGCCAAUGCUGGCACACUGGAGCUUAAGGAAAAUACCAUCGUCGUCGUUCUCGGCGCAUCCGGCGAUCUCGCAAAGAAGAAGACUUUCCCAGCGCUUUUCGGUCUGUUCAGACACAACUUCCUUCCCAAGGACUGCCGUAUCGUCGGAUAUGCGCGCACGAAAAUGGACAAGAAGGAGUACCACAGCCGAGUUAAAUCAUACAUCAAGACACCCGUGAAGGAGAUGGAAGACCAGUUGAACGAGUUCUUGACGAGAUGCACCUACGUCUCGGGCAUGUACGAUCAGGACGAGUCAUUCCAGCGGCUCCGGGACCACCUGAACGAGCUUGAGAAAGGACGGCCGGAAAACCACCGCCUUUUCUACAUGGCGCUGCCCCCGAGCGUGUUCACGACUGUGUCGCAGCACCUAAAGAAGAACUGCUACCCCGAUAGGGGCAUUGCUCGUUUGAUUGUCGAGAAACCGUUCGGACGUGAUUUGCAAUCAUCGAGGGAGCUGCAGAAGGCCCUGGAGCCGGACUGGAGGGAGGAGGAAAUCUUCCGCAUUGACCAUUACUUGGGUAAGGAGAUGGUGAAGAACCUUCUGAUCCUGAGAUUCGGUAACGAGUUCUUCGGCGCGACGUGGAACCGCAACCACAUCGACAAUGUCCAGAUUACAUUCAAGGAGCCAUUCGGAACGGAAGGCCGUGGAGGUUAUUUCGACGACUUUGGUAUUAUUCGUGACGUCAUGCAGAACCAUCUGCUGCAGGUAUUGACGAUCAUCGGUAUGGAACGUCCGAUUUCGUUCUCCGCCGAGGAUAUCCGCGACGAGAAGGUCCGCGUGCUUCGUGGUAUCCCGGCUAUCGAGCCCAAGAACGUCAUCAUUGGACAGUACGGAAAGUCGCUCGACGGAAGCAAACCCGGUUACAUCGAUGACCACACCGUUCCCAAGGACUCUCGGUGCCCGACCUUCUGCGCACUCGCCGUGUACAUCAAGAACGAGCGAUGGGAUGGUGUCCCCUUCAUCUUGAAGGCCGGCAAAGCCCUUAACGAGCAGAAGACCGAGAUCCGUAUCCAGUUCAAGGACGUAACUAGCGGUAUCUUCAAGGACAUUCCCCGGAACGAGCUGGUCAUCCGUGUGCAACCCAACGAGAGUGUCUAUAUUAAGAUGAACUCCAAGCUGCCCGGUUUGAGCAUGCAGACGGCCGUCACCGAGUUGGAUCUCACAUACCGACGCCGGUUCAGCGAUCUCAAAAUCCCUGAGGCGUACGAGGCGCUCAUCUUGGACGCUCUGAAGGGAGACCACUCCAACUUUGUCCGUGACGACGAGCUCGACGCCAGUUGGAGGAUCUUCACGCCUCUUCUGCACUACCUUGACGAGAACAAGGAGAUUAUCCCCAUGGAGUACCCCUACGGAUCACGUGGACCUGCGGUUCUCGACGACUUCACCGCGUCUUACGGCUACAAGUUCAACGAUCCCGCCGGCUACCAAUGGCCAGUGCAGAGCACAGUUCCCAACAAGUUGUAAAAAAUCAGCAUAGCACAAGGCGCACACGGGUUUCGGUAGGGGCCAGUUAGAAGCCUCUGUUUUUUGUUUUCCUUCGUAAUGUGAACUUUAUUUCUCUG